UUGUGCGCAUGCGUGCUCGCUCUCCCUCUCGUCGCGCUCGGCUGUGUCAGUCAGUCAGUCUGUCGGAGUCUGUCCUCGGAACAGGCUGAGCGAAGGGACUUCGGAGAGCCUGCUGCCUACUUAUUCUAUUUCCCCUCCCUCUCUCCCGCCCCACGUCUCUCUUCACCCCUCUCCCGCCCUUGCUCGCGUAGCCAUGGCGGAGUCGUCGGCGGCCACUCAGUCCCCGUCCAUCUCCUCGUCGUCCUCCGGGGCCGAUCCGUCCGCGGCCGGCGGUGGCGGGAGCCCGGGAACCAGCCCCGCCCUGGGGGCGAAAAGCUGCGGCUCCUCUUGUGCGGUGCACGAUCUGAUUUUCUGGCGAGAUGUGAAGAAGACUGGGUUUGUCUUUGGCACCACACUGAUCAUGCUGCUGUCCCUGGCAGCCUUCAGUGUCAUCAGUGUGGUUUCUUACCUCAUCCUGGCCCUUCUCUCUGUCACCAUCAGCUUCAGAGUCUACAAGUCUGUCAUCCAAGCUGUACAGAAAUCAGAAGAAGGCCAUCCAUUCAAAGCCUACCUGGAUGUGGACAUUACACUGUCCUCAGAAGCUUUCCAUAAUUACAUGAAUGCUGCCAUGGUGCAUGUCAACAAGGCCCUAAAACUCAUCAUUCGUCUCUUUCUGGUGGAAGAUCUGGUCGACUCCUUGAAGCUGGCUGUCUUCAUGUGGCUGAUGACCUAUGUUGGUGCCGUUUUUAAUGGAAUCACCCUUCUGAUUCUUGCGGAGCUGCUCGUCUUCAGCGUCCCAAUUGUCUAUGAGAAGUACAAGACCCAGAUUGAUCACUAUGUUGGCAUCGUCCGGGAUCAAACCAAGUCAAUUGUUGAAAAGAUCCAAGCAAAACUCCCUGGAAUCGCCAAAAAAAAGGCAGAAUAAACACAUGGAAACCAGAAAUGCAACAGUUACUAAAACACCACUUAAUAGUUAUAAUGAUGUUACUUGUACCAUGGAGGACAUGCUCAGUGUCAGCUUGAGCCUGCAUUCCAAGCUUAUUUUUAUUUUAAUUUGGUAUUUUCUCCCCUCCUUUCCCUUUACCCUCAGUAUCAAGCACAAGAAACAGUGGACUGAACAAAAAGAACUGAUAUCUUAGAACCCGAAAGAAUCAAAUUAAUAGGAUAAAUUAUACCUUAGUGGUGGUGGAGCUUUUUACCUGUAGCAUGAAAAGGGGAAAGAUUAGAGGUAAAGAGAAAGUGAAUGGUAGAAAAAUUUCUUGGGUCCUUCUAUUCAGUUUUCAAGGACUAGUUUUACACAACUCCCAUUAUAGUUUUGCCCUUAUUUUUAAGUUAAGAAAUAAUGAUUAACUUAUGAAGAAAUGGUUUGGGGACAGGAGGGGGAUGCCUUCCUUGGGUUGUUUGCAGCUCACCAAUCCCAUCCUCCUGCCCCACACUGUGAGCAGCUACUCUUAAUAUUCCUCUUCUUGACUUAAUGAUAUAACUUCCAGCUCUGAGUAACUUAUAGGUAGUAGUGAUAAUUCCUAUCUCCAGAAUGCCAUCUGAGAAAUAAGAGUAGAAACAGAAAAGGGUGGGAAAGGGUGUGGCAGGGGCACAGCAAUGGCCACCUCCCUCUGCCACUCACCCACAGGGAAGGAAGGGCUCCACCAGCUGGGAGCAUGGUGUCCACAUCAUCUCUUGGAUGCCAGUUCUGGGAGUUAAUUUGAGAACUCAUUCCUGAAUGUGCUUUCCCCUCUUUCCUGCCCACCCACCUCACCUCAAGUUUAAUAAAUAUGGUUGUACUUUUAUUAUUAUGAAAUAAAUGUCUGUACCUGCUGUACACUGCUGUAAACUUGUUAGAGAAAAAUAAUCUGCAUGUGGGCUCCCUAGUUAUUGAGUUAUUGUAAUCCUGUCUCAGUCCGUGGAGGGGGAACAGUCUCAAAAGAUGGAACUACCGAAAAAGAAAAACGUUUUUCUUUAUCUACCACCACCACCACCACCACUGCUUUCUCCUCACAUGCUGUUGCUUUAAUGUGUGCUCAUCAGUUUAGUGUAAGGACCAAAGCCAAGCUGGCUUGAGGGGAGAUCUUGUGUGUCUGUGGCUAAGAGACUGCACGCCAGUGUGGGGUCGCGCAUUUUGUGGUUCACGUGGAGUCUAUCUGCUUUGAGGGUGCUUUCCUUUUUCAGAUACACAAAAUGCUCAGCCCCUGUACCAUGGCCCAUGAUGCUCCUUUGGAGAGUGCUUUCUGUGAACUUUUAAGUUAAGAUGACCAGACAGAGCCAGAGUGUAUUGAUGGGCUUUCUGCAGUUGGAGACAACAGAGCAGUGCACAGGCACAGCAGGUGGAGGGUGAUUGGGAAUCAUUGAUUCCUGUUUGAGACAAAGUUUCUUCCUCCCUUUUCCACAUGGAGACUCAAGUCAGUGUGAAAGCAGUCAUUAAGUUCCUUAAGCUUGUAGCUCCUACAUAGUCCUGCCCUUCCAAGAGGCAGCAAGCUGUAAGGGCUACAAUAUUUGUUGGUCCCAAAGUACUGCAGCUCUGCAGGAAGCACUGGGAGGAUUUUUUUUUUUUUAAUUGGGAAUUUAGAUGAGUAAAAGGAACUCUUCCCAUACUCCCUUUUCUUAUUUUCUUGCCCCCUUUCUUUUUGAAAUUUUUAACAUUUUCUGUCAUAUUAAGAAACUCCCUCUCCAUCACUAUUCCUUACCCUCCCAGGAAGUCAUUGCACCGAUGGACUUUCAGGCUUCCCCUCCAAAGGACCUCUUUCUGCACUGGAAGCCCCACACCUGGUUCUUUUCUUUUGUUGUUGCUGUGUUAAUGAUAAUGGGAGAGAUGUUUGUGCCAUGCAGAAUUUUUUUUUUUUUUUUUUUUUUUAAGGAAAACAUAGACAAAAAAGUACUAAUGAAACUGUGUGCGUGUCUGUGUGUGCAACAUAAAAAUACAGUAGCACCCAAGGAGCUUGAAUCUUGGUUCCUGUAAAACUGCAAAUUGAUGUGGUAUUAAUUUAAAAAUAAAGAACACAAUGACUGGUG